AUGCAUGAAUUCGACUCAUCCGUAGAAUCGAAAGGAAGAGGCUACGUUGACCGUGAUAACUUCAUCACAAUCCCAUACCUUACUGCAAAUCCUCUGGGUGAUAGAAUUAUUGAUGCGUUCUUUGCCGAAAGAGAGCAUUCGAAAAAGACGCUAACAUUCCGUGAAUUUAUUCGUGUAUUGGCGCACUUUAGGCCAUGCACUUCGGCAACUAAAUGUACUGCAAUUAACAGUCGUAUCGAAAAGUUAAAAUUUGCAUUUACUAUGUAUGAUUUAAACAAAAAUGGUUAUAUCACGAGGAAUGAGUUCAAAGUGAUCCUGAAUAUGAUGAUUGGUUCAAACAUAACGUCCGAACAGCUUGAAUCUAUCACAAGUCGAACAAUUACUGAAGGUGAUUACGAAAAGAAUGGUAAAAUAUCAUUUGAAGAAUUCGUUCGAGCAAUGGGAGGUAUAAAUGUGGAGCAGCUAAUGUCAAUUCGAUUUUUGGACUGA